AUGAAUCUUGACUUUCAGGGUCCAAUCCUUCGUGACGCAAUGGGUCUGAAGUUAUAUCUCAUCACUGAUUGCUACUGUAUUUUUAUGGGUCUUUUGGCGAUUAUUGGCAAUUCUGUGAUACUUUACUUAUUUUUCACAAAACGACUAGACUCUCGACGUAACCUCCGUAUCAUUCUCUAUAUGACAGUCACCGAUAUUGUUUUCGCUGUAGCCAUCAUGCCUGAAAUCUGCUACUUCGUAUACUAUUGGGAUACCACAUUUGUCGACUACAAUCCACAAGUUAUCGCAUUCAUUGACUGGCCAUUACCAAUGUUUCUCAAAAUCUCAUCAGUUUUAAAUGCAGGAGCAGCAGCAGAAAGGAUUCUGGCCCUAUAUUUCCCUUUGAUCUACCGUAAAAUAGAUCAUGUUCAUUGCUCAAACAUCUUGAUGGUUGUCUGUGUCUUCAUUGGCCUCAUCGAUACUGUUUUCUGUAUUUUUUCAUUUCGCUUUGAGCAGCGUAUCAAUUGUUCAUCACUCGGUUGUUUUGUCCAUGAUGCAUUCCGAACUUAUUGGGGUUCUUCGAACAUGACCUGCGGAAUCAUCAUAAUAGUCAUGAGCUUAUUCGUUUUCUUCAAAGUACAAAAGUUGUCUCGUGAGAGUGGAUGGAUGGGUGCAACACCAGCGGAACGGAAGAAAAAUAUGGUUGCCUCCCAAAAGUUCCGUCAAGCCAAUCGAACGACGUGUGGUAUCCUUCUCAGUUCUCUGUUCUGUCUCACAAUUCCAUCCCUUCUGGUAUCUCUUGUUGAAACAAUCACAGGGUUCUCAAUUUUCGAGAAAUUCGGAGCUUUCUACGUAGCCUCCUUGCUUUCGAGUGGUUCCAUGAACUGUCUGAUAUUCCUAAUCCUCAAUGGGUCUGUCAAAAGUAAAAUCGACACGAAGACACUAUCAGAUGCCGCCGUCACAACCGUCGUCUCAUCGAGACCUUUCAACUCUUCGAAACAAACGACUUUUGUUGAUUUAGCGUAA